AUGAAGACGUUGACCACGCCCGAAGGCAAGACGAUCCAAACGCCAUCCGCGUUUCCCAUGUCGUCUUCACCAAGAUUCCCUUCCAUUCCGACCUUGGAUGAGUGGUCUGAUAUGUGGAAGUUGUGGGACACUGUAACCCUUGGGAUGAUAUCGCCCGAGAUGAUGAUGCAGCGUCCUAUCGAUUUGAGGCACAAGUGCCUAUUCUACUUGGGCCACAUUCCAACACUCGAAUCAGGUGAACUCGAAACGAAAGGUGUCCCAAUACGAAAGGCAAAACGGGUUCUGUGGAUGACCUUUGAACACGAGGCGUUCCAUGUUGAGAAGGCGGGUGAAGAGGGAGGGACUCGACCUCCUCCAGGAAUUGUACCUCCUGAUUGGGAAUCGCUUCAGCAAAAAUGGCAACAACGCCAGAAUUUAGAAAGCAAGGAAGAACCUACCGUGACACUGGGCCCAGCCCAGGUAGAGAUUGGCCACAACGACUUCGAAGCGGACGACUUGGUCGAAUUACAAAGCUUGAACGAUGACCAUGAGUUUGGGUGGGAUAACGAACACCCCAGGCGAAAGGUGGCAGUCGAAAAGUUCAAGAUUGAAAGAAAGCCAGUUAGCAAUGGAGAGUACUAUCUCUACUGGAGCAACCUGAAGGAUCAGAAGGACAUGCCGGCAAGCUGGGUAUCGCAGGAUGGCCAAAUCAUGGCCAGAACGUUGUUUGGCCCAGUGCCGUUGUCGGUUGCGCGAGAUUGGCCAUUGAUGGCCUCAUAUGACGAGCUCAACGGCUACGCCCGCUCUAAAGGGGGUCGCAUACCUACCGAAGCUGAAUUGAGGCUUUUUAUGGAUGAUCAAUCUUCUCGUGGAGAUAGCUCAUCGUUACUUCGCAGUCCUUCUCUAGGAAAUCCUACAAGAAAUGAGGCACCACAUAACGGUGGAGUAUGGGAAUGGUCCUCAACGAUCAUGGAUCGACACCAGGGCUAUGAAUCGUCGAUCCUCUACCCCGGCUAUUCCUCUGACUUCUUCGACGGG